AUGGAGCUAAUUCAGAAUGCCGAAGACAAUGAAUAUUUGCCUGAUGUUAAGCCGACGUUGGAGCUCGUGUUUACGACCACUGAUGUAACCGGCACCGGCGCUCCGGCGACUCUGUUGGUAUUUAACAAUGAGGUGGGUUUUUCUAAGGCAAACAUUGAUUCCCUCUGCUGCAUUGGCCAAUCUACUAAAAAGAACAAGAGACGCCAAGGCUUCAUCGGAGAGAAAGGAAUCGGGUUCAAGAGUGUGUUUCUUGUUAGUACACAGCCAUACAUAUUUAGUAAUGGGUACCAAAUCAAGUAUGGUGAGGUUCCAAAUGAAGACUGUCGUAUUGGGUAUAUUGUCCCAGAGUGGGUUGCUACAAAACCAACUGUUGCAGAUUUACAGAGCACAUAUGGAUCUGGCAGGCUCCUGCCCACGACUGCAAUUAUUCUUUCCUUAAAGCCUGAUAAAAUUGAAGCUGUGAAGCAACAGCUCUCAGAGAUACAUCCAAAAGUUUUCUAUGGAAAUCUUGAUUCUCUCUGCUUGAAUGGUCUAAAAGCUUUGGGUGUCCAAACCGAUACAGAGGAUGUUUGCGCUCUGAUUUUCAAGUUUCUUACUUCUCACAACCAAUCUGUUCGUGUAAUGAGAAUCUACAGGUUCCUACAGAAAUUCAACUGGACUCGAAAAUUAGGGAAUGAUUUAAUAUACCAGCUGUGGAUCCCAGAUCAUAUUGGUGGUGGCAAAUGGGUGUCUAGUUGGGACUGUGUACUCCAUGAUAAAGACAAUCUAUUUGGUCAUUGUUUACAUGCUCUUGAUAAAUAUUAUGGCACACGAUUGCUCAAUUUUCUGUCAAAGCUUUAUGUAGUUGCUGAGUUUCCCUGUCUUGAUAGAUAUAUUGAUCUCUGGGACAGUUGGGUGGGAGGUAACCACGAACUGUCUGCUAUAAAGUUGAACUCCUUUUGGAAAUACAUAUCAGAAAACUGGAAUUCUUCUACCGAAGAGAGUCUGAAAACUCGUUUGACCAUGUUACCUGCGAUGGAGAUGUCUGGGAAACUCAGGGUGGUGAAGAAUGAAGAAUUGUUCAUACCUGAUGACCUGCUACUCAAAAUGGCAUUCUCAAAAGUGAGCGAAAAGCCAUUAUUUGUCUGGUUCCCCCAAAACGGAUUGUCAGCCUUUUCUAGACUCUAUGAGAUAUACAGAAGUCUUGGAAUUCGUAAAAUAUCAGAAGUUGUUGAGUUCUCUGUGAACUGUAAAUUUGAAAAGCUGGAAUCUGAAGAGAGUCUGAUAGGGAGAUCAUUGAUCAAAGUAGUAUUGAGUUUCCUUUCAAAUCCUCUAAUUAUUAUGCCAGUGGUGGAAAGACACAGGAGAGCAAAAUCCCUCCUUGAUAUCUCACUUUUUGGAACAGAAGAACCAAUGAUCGUCAGCUACAGUUUGGUAUUACCUUCUCCGAAAAAGAGAUUGCAAGUUGAAGUAAGAAAAAAGGUUCUGUGGGACAAUAAAUCCCAGAGACUGCUUCUUCAUAAACCAAGCUGGAAAGAAGGGCACAAAGACAUUGAGUUCAUCACUAAUUUUGCUCGAGCAAUAUCAGAGGCAGUUCUGCCAAAUAGCACUACUGAUCUUGUAGACAGCCUUUGCAAAAUUAUUAAGAUGAGUUUUGCAUUUGGUUUCAAAGAGGAUGAAAUUGACUCCUUACUGGUGACACAAAAUCUAGAGCUAUCUGCUGACGAUGAAAGAUUCCUUGAUUGUGCAUUUCCUCCUUUCAAAUCUUCUCUGGUUUCAAUAGAACUUCUGUUGUCCCGCCUGGAAUCACCUUGUACACCAGAAACUCCUUUUAAUGAAGAAUUACGAACUCCUGAGAAGAAGCCGCGACUGAACUGA